ACUCGAUUAUUUUAAUAGUUAUUUUUAUAACCAUAAUGCAGGAUUCAUAUUGCAUCUGGCAUUCGACAUCCAAUAAAAGAAUACGUUUUCUAGAAACAAAAAUAUUCUGUCUAGAAACCUUAAAAAUUGAAAUCUGCUAUUGGAUAUUGGAUCAUCAUAUGUCGGAUGUCGGGCGCAGUAUGAAUCCUGCAAUAAAGAGAAGCAGAAGUGCCAUGUAUGCACUAUUAUGGACUAUUCCUAAUUUUUAGUUAUUGAGUUUGAGAAAACUGUAUUCAAAGCGAUUGAAAUUGAAGGAUUGAUAAAAGAAGCAGAAAUCAUGGAUAGUGGUAUUGAGGAUAAUACUAUGAAUACUGAAAAUAUUAAUUUGAAGGCAGAGCCUUUCAACGAUUAUUCUCAACAUGAUACAGGGGAUGAUACAGAUUAUCAUUCUGGAGAGACAGAUUUUCUGCCUUUUAUAAAAUCCCAAUCAACAUUAAAUGAUACAUAUGAAGAAUAUGUAUCUGAAGAAGAUAGCGAGCUUAUUGAACAUCCUAAUAAGUAUAAUGACUUGCAUGAGUAUAGAUGUGACUUGGAUACUGAUUAUGUUGCCGAUGUUUACGAGCACCAAAGUAAGAGGAGAAAGAUGAAUAAUGGAGAAAUUCUUAAUGUAUCAGAAGAAAAGAAAUAUGUUGAUCAAGUCAAGACAGUAGAUAAUGAUAAUGUGAAUGACACAAGUAAUAUAUCCAAUAAAAUUCAGCGUAUUAUGAAGAAUAUGGGAUACAAGACAGGUAAAGGUCUUGGUAAGGAUGAUCAAGGACGUGUAGAACCGAUAGAAGCGGUUAUACAACAUGGGCGAAGAGGUUUUGGACAUUAUGUACCAGGUCUUAAGGAAGCUAGUCUUAAGUGGAAUCCCAAAGAGGAAGAGAUAAAGGCUAUAGAAGAUAUUGAAUGGCUACCAAAUAUGCAUUCUGAGACACCACAGGUCAUGGAGAUGUCAGAUUGGAUCAAAUUGGGACCAAGAAAACACACCAUAGAUGAUGAGGACAAUUUCUGCAAUCCAGAGAUUUUAAAGCAGAUUAUUAGAUCAAAAACUGUAUUUGACAAAUUAGACAAGGUAGAAAUGCGGAAAGCAAGAACUCGAUCUAAUCCUUAUGAAACAAUUCGUACUGUUAACUUUUUGAACCGUGCUGCUGUCAAGAUGGCGAAUAUAGACAGAGCUUGCAAUUUUAUGUUUACUGAUCCGAAGAAUUUAAAUUCCAAUGAAUUGUUAUACUUUGCUGACGUAUGUGCUGGACCAGGUGGUUUCAGCGAAUAUGUCCUGUCUAGAAAAGGAUGGCGUGCUAAAGGAUUUGGAUUUACAUUGAAAAAUGAGAAUGAUUUUACAUUAGAUGAAUUUUUCGCCGGUCCAUGUGAAACUUUUCACCCGUUUUAUGGUUCUAAAGGCAAUGGAGAUGUAUUUGAUGCACAAAAUCAAGAGGAAUUUAAAUCAUUAAUAAUGAAGCAUACUAAUGGUAAAGGCGUACAUUUUAUGAUGUCGGAUGGAGGCUUUUCAGUAGAAGGCCAGGAAAACAUCCAAGAAAUUUUAUCUAAACAAUUAUAUUUAUGUCAGUGUUUGGUGGCCUUGAUGAUAGUAAGACCAGGAGGUCAUUUUGUAACAAAAUUAUUUGAUUUGUUUACACCAUUUAGUGCUGGUCUAAUUUACUUAAUGCGUAAAUGUUUUGAUACAAUUUCUAUUUUUAAACCCAACACUUCGAGACCGGCCAAUUCAGAACGUUAUUUGAUAUGUAAAAAGAAAAAAGCCGAUACUCAGAAUAUUGCAGAUUAUCUUUCUCAUAUUAAUUAUUUACUUUCACUGAGAAUUGAUACCAAUGAUGUACUUGAAUUGGUACCGCUUUCAAUAUUAGAAGCCGAUGUAGAAUUUAUAAAAUAUUUGAAAACUUCCAAUGAUAAUCUCGGGAAGAAGCAGAUAACGAAUCUCUUAAAAAUUGCUGCAUUUUGUGAAGACCCUACUUUAACAGAAUCAAAACAAGCAGAUAUGCGUAAGGAAUGCCUAAAAUAUUGGAAUUUACAAGACAAAAGUAGGAUAAGACCACAAAUACCGAAGCCACAAGACAAAGUACGCGAGAUAUUGCGUGAUUCUGUAUCAAUUUUAAGAAGCGAGGCAACCAAAUUAAAGAGCGAUAAUGCACGAAAUACAGUACUCAAUCAACCAUAUGAUUGGUAUUGCAUGCCCUGUGGUUCUGGAGCAUGUAUAGAAGAAGAAAAGAUAGCAACAUUUUAUUUAGGUUUGGGACGCAGAAAAGUAUACAGAUUUUCCAGAAAUAAAUGGGAAUCUGUUGGAGACAUUAAAAUAGAAUUACCAGCCAAUACAUUAGUAUAUGCCGAAUUAGUAUAUGAAACCAAAUGGACUGGAAAAUAUUUUUCAAAAACUCGAGCAUUACACAUUUUAGACGCUUAUAUGCUUGGUGGAGAAGAUGUAAGCAAAUAUUAUUUGUCUACAAGAUAUAAACUCACCAAAAUGUUUUGUGACGCGCUAUGGAAGCCUAGUCCUAACGAUUAUAUUUGCAUUCGAGCCAAGGAGCGGUUUCUGCUAACACCAGAUAUAGAGAAAAAGUUGCGCGUUACACCACACCGCGUCAAAUUGCCUAGCGCAUUUGAAUUUGCGAAAAACCCAUUAGAAUUUGACGGAGAGAACGAUACAGCAUACGUGUAUUCAGCAUUUAAUAGCGUUCUUUUUAUACGAAGUAUCGCACAGCCAUGGGCACGUCAUAUCAGCAAAAAGAGUCAUGAAUAUUAUGUUUAUAACAGAGUUACUGGUAAGUCAGAAUAUGAAAUUCGAGAUGGAAUGCCCAAUAGACCGCAUGAAGCCGAGGCUAAUUUCGUUAAAGCGUUUGAAGAACGAGUUGUUUGGAAUUGGCCUCAGGAUACACAAGGUACAUUAAAUAUGGCAAAUUUCGUUCAAAUGUUAGCUCCGUGGAAAAUUACUUCAUAGUCACUGUAUAUAUUGCAAUUUACAUAUGUAUAUAUGUAUAUAAUUUGUAUUGAGGAUAUAUUUUA